AUGCCGGAUGAGAGCCGAACAGGGCCAGCUGCGGGGAUCCGCAGCAAACAAAGAGAUCCGGCAUCUGGAGCUUUGCCAAUUAUGCCACUGUGGCCAAUAGGGCCUAUGGUGGACGAUGGGGAGGGGAGAUGCCUACCCUCCAAACAGGACCACAUAUUGGCAGCAGCCCAGAGAAAUGUGAUAGGAUUAGAUGGCUUGGUGACUACUAGACCUAAUGUUAUUGAUGACACUUUCCCAUUGCGGAGAUCGGAUUGGGACCCCAACACGUUCGAAGGUAGGGGGAGUCUGUCCACCUAUCGCCAGACUCUCAUGAGAGGUCUCCGGGAAAUGGCUAGAAAGCCCACCAAUCUGGCCAAGGUAAAAGAGGUGAUACAGGGACCCAAUGAGCCUCCUGCGGUUUUCCUAGAAAGGCUGAUGGAAACUUAUAGGAAGGAAGUAUACCCGGUUCUAAAGAAGCCCCUGGGACCCCUCUCUAGCAAACAAUCCUUAGUACAAGGGGCUAAUGGAAGUAGCUACCAUUCUUGGACUACUUUCCAGACUAUGGACUUGGGGAAAAGAGAAAUUAAGCAUUCUUUCCUGGUCAUACCAAACUGCCCCUCACCUCUAAUGGGAUGAGAUUUGCUAACCAAACUCAGAGCCCAAAUAACUUUUGAAGAAACUGGUCCAGAAAUUGCUUUUCUUAAUUCCAGUGUCCAACCACUUACCUCUGUCCUGACCAUUAGGUCUGAGGAUGAAUAUAGACUGUUCACAAAUGAUCCCUUGCCACAUGAAAACCAAGACACUGAUUUUUUUCUGAGACUAGUUCCGGGAGCUUGGGCUGAAACUGCAGGACUGGGGUUGUCUAUCUUGCAGGCUCCAGUAGUGGUAGAGCUGAAAGCUACUGCUAUCCCUGUGCGAGUCAGACAGUACCCCAUGAGUCAGGAAGUGAAGAAAGGUAUAACUCCUCAUAUUCAGAAACUUCUCCAACAGGGGGUCCUAGUACAGUGUCAGUCGGCCUGGAAUACUCCACUACUCCUGGUCAAAAUGCCUGGGACUGGGGACUAUCGGCCAGUGCAGCACCUAAGGGCAGUUAACAGCCGAGUGGAAGAUUUCCAUACCAUUGUGCCUAACCCAUACAAUCUCCUCAGCACCUUAAACCCUGAAAGAAUAUGGUACACUGUACUGGACUUAAAGGAUGCUUUCUUCUGCCUGUCCCUACAUCCGGCCAGUCAAACUUUAUUUGCUUUUGAGUGGAGUGAUCCUGAGGCAGGGAUUUCAGGCCAACUAACCUGGACCAGACUUCCCCAGGGGUUUAAAAACUCUCCUACCAUCUUUGAUGAGGCCCUGCACUAAGACUUAAGUCUCUUCCGCAGCCAGCACCCCCAGGUUACCUUGAUGCAGUAUGUGGACGAUCUUUUAAUUGCAGGAAAAACUGAAGAGGAUAGCAAGCAGGUCACCCAUAGCCUGCUAAAGGAACUUGCCUGGCUAGGGUAUAGAGCAUCAGCCAAGAAGGCGCAGCUGUGCCAGAGGGAGGUGACGUUUUUGGGGUACAUGCUACGAGAGGGAAAGCAAUGGCUGAUGAAGGCCCAGAAGAAGGUUGUGGCACAAAUCCCAGUGCCUACCACUCGCCGGCAGUUACAUGAGUUUCUGGGGACGGCAGCAGCUCGGCUGGCCGCCAUUGCUGCCCUACAAAGUCAAGUCUGGAAGGGACUCAGACAGGCAUAUGAACCUGGAGAACUGACGGUGCCUCACCGUCUCAAGCCAUGA